AGGUUGCCUUGACAGAGAGAGCAGCUUUCUUUCAUUUCCUGAAGAAGAAAAUUUUGUAUCCCGAAACUCUGCGUGAGCUCGCGCUCGGUUUGAUCGUUCCGAUGAGCGGGUAUCCGCUCUGUGCGCUACAGUUUGUGAGGUGCAGAUGGGAACUUGAUGACAGGAACAUCUGGAGACCGAGUAAGCAAGACGGAGCGGAGGAAAUUUUGUCAAUCGGCCGCCCCGUCGGCCCGCCCGGGGGGAACCCGUCUAAUGGGAACACGUAUGAACCUAGUGUGCGAUUGGCGGACUUGGAUGCAAGGAUGGCGCGUACGACAGAAAAGAGCGAUCGGCUAGAAGACAAAAUCGAGGUCCGCACAUCAGAAGAAGGCGUGCGAGGUGCGGCGCUUGAUCAGAUCCCCUCGAUUUUCUCUAUACCGUUGCUCUUCAUGGAAGCGCUGGAAGAAUUUCUUGAGCUAAAGAAGACCGAUUCUAGUGCAGGAGCAGGAGAAGUUCUUCCGAGCCAAGAUAUUAUUUUAAGGCUACUGCGGAUUCAAAAUCUUCAUACCUAUUAGACACGCAGGGCUAUCAAAGGGGCUCCAUGUUAACAUGACAUGAAGCUUGAAGCAUCCUCAACAACGCCAUGAUCCUUGGCUGCUUUUUCAAGUGCAAAAAGAAGUGCUCAAAGAUAUUAUGCUUAUGGCACUCAAGAAAGAUGCGAUGUGGUAGCUCUACUUCUAAUUACGACUCCUCCAAUCGAGAAAUUCAACUCUUUCUUCCGCUACCAGCAGAUGUACGACGAUCUCGCGACGCUGCAGUAUGCUAGCGUCGUCGAUAAGGUGUUCGAAAUACUGACCAAAGGUAAGAGUCGGCUACGAGAUGGUGCCACAAGGGAUGUCUUGUUCGCAGCCUCCGGCGUGCAGCCUCCAACCGCCUCCGAGAAAACUCGGC